UUUCAAAGGUUUUACUUUUAAUGUUUACAACACUGCAGUAAGAUAUAUGCACAGUACAAAGAUAUAGGUGCAUUGAAAAAUGAAGAAAUUCUGACAAAUCGUGAUAAGUGAAUAAAUAAGUAACAUGGCUUCGUUUUAUAUGAUUUUUUCGGAUGAAGAUGACGAGGAAUUCGGUGGUAAUAAUCCCAUGGAUGUUAAGCCUGAGGAUGAAGAUUUGGAAGGAAAAACAAACAUGACAGGUAUGCCUCGAGACGGUGACGACGACAAGAGCACAAAAUCUCAGACUGAUUCCGAGUCAAAGACCGAUUGGCAAGUUCUCCUCGCAAAACUUGUCACAGCUUAUAAAGUCAUAAAUAACACUAAUACUGUUAUUGGCAAGCUCGGCUUUGCAAUAUUAAUAAGUGACAAAAGUGAAUUGAAAAUGAUUCUCUACAAGUCGAAAAUUGAUUUGCUCUCAACAUUAAUUGUCAAAGAAUCAAAUAAAAUCUUUCAAAAAGGAAACUUUAUUCAAUAUCUUGAUGAACAUCAAAACUUUUGGAGCGUAUUAUUCGAGAAUGAAAACGAUCGUGACGAGGCAGUUAGAUUGUUGGAAGAACGAUGCACAAUUCAAAUGGAUGAAAUGGAAAAGUCAAUCAAUGCCAACGAUAUUGUCAAGGUCAAUGAAAGUGAGAAUAAUGAAACGGAAAAUGCCAAGGAAGACGGUGGAACGAGUGACAAAGCAUGUGAAACAGAUCCGGAAGAGAAACAAACUAAAGCGAUGAAAGCGAGUAUUUUAACACGAAUGGCACGAAUGGGAAAGAAAAUUGUUCUACCGAACAAGACGUCAAACAGUGAAAUGAGUGACAGUAGCGAUCCUGAAAGCAGUCCAAAGCGAAGGCCAAAUAGUUCACCUGUUUUACAAGUUGCCAAGCUGAACCACGGGCCAAUUCCACACUCAACAGCUCAGACUGUAGAGUUUGUUAAGCAUUCCCAUGGCAAUAAUAUCAUUUCCGCUGCUUCCUCCGACUCAAGCCUGAAUCUGAUGAUGAUGCAAAAUACUGAAAUACGCUUCAAUUUGUCAAAACUUGACAGCAAAUUAGAUAAGCUUUGCGAUAAGCUUGAAACUAUUAGUGGAAACAGCGUGAGCAUGUCUUCGAAUGACCGGAACAACAACGACAGUGUACGUGAAGAAGACAUUAUGAGACUUGAAGAGAAAAUUUUAUCGAUAAAACGUGAGAAUAUAAACUUAAAAUCGAUAAUUCGCAACAUGGAGCAGGAAAGGCAAAAGGGUAAAAAUGAACAUUCAGCUGACGAGUUUAAUGAGCUGAAAGUUCAACUGAAAAUGGUACAACAAGAAAACAGAAACAUAUCAUUAGAAUUAGAGAAUAAAAACGAAAAGAUUUUAAUGUUGGAAGGGAGAUUGAAAGAUUUGUUGGAAGAGCGCGAAAUUCAAUUGAAAAAUAAUGAAGCUGAUCUCGCUGAUUUGAAUUCUCAAUUGAAAGUGUCCCAAAGACACGCUCAAGAGCUUCAAAUAUCGUUGGAGAAAAGUCAAAAGCAACGUGAUAACGCAUCGAAAGAAUCACAAACUGACGGAAAGUCUGACGCAUCACCGUCCGAUGUCAUGAUUAAAGAGAUUAUGAAUAAUUUAUAUUUUAAGCUUUGCGAAAAAAUUUCGAAUGCCAAUGAUUUGAAACAAAGUGAAAUUCUGAAGAUAAUUGGCCAAACAAUUAAACAAGAAACGAGUGAGUGCUUGAAAAAGCAUCCACAUUUGUCUUAAAUAUAUUUUUAAAUAUGAAAUAUGCUAUUGCAAGCGAUUCAGUUAUUUAAUUUUAAGCUAGCUUAAUUAAUGCUUUUGCAAAUCCUAAUAACAUUCCGAAAAAUGAAACCAAAUAAAGAAAUAUAGUCGAUUGUAGAAGAAGUUUUCUUG